AUGGAGGAACCUCUCUGUAACCCCGCCUCCCCCGGAGGUGAGUUCGGGCGGGUGAACGGAGCGGACCCUGCUCAGACUCGGGACUUUCUGCUCCUCAUCCAGACCAAGACUCGCUGUGGAUCUGAGGAGUCCGACCAGUUCCAGCCCAGCUCCAGGAGAAAUGAUCCUGAGGGAGGAUCAGCUGCUGCUCUGUGGUUUGGAUCAGGACUGAAAGAACCAGAUCCUGGAUCCAAGCAGCUGAAAUGGUUGUCCUUUGUGGUGGUGCUGGUGGUGGUGGUGGGUGGGGAGGUGUUCAGCUUUAGAGAUCUAGUGAGGAGCUCCGUCAUCCGGGGAGAGGUUGGAGUGGAGCUGCUCCUUCACAUCGGGGCAGUUUCUGUACUGGGCUGCACCUCCAUAAACUGUAACAGGGUGCUAACGGAGGCCCAGGGGGAGUUCACGUCGCCCUGCUACCCCCAGAAAUACCCCAACUCCCAGAGCUGUAAGUGGACCAUGCAGGCCCCAACCGGCUUCAUCAUCCAGCUUUACUUCAUGGACUUCGAACUGGAGGAGGCGCCGGGCUGCAAGUAUGACUGGGUUGUGGUGAACGCCGGUAACACAGAAGCCAGGUUUUGUGGUUUGACGGCCAGCGGGAUGACCCUGAACUCGACUGGGAACGUGAUGGAGCUGUCCUUCACGUCAGACUUCAGCAUUCAGAAGAGGGGGUUCAGCGUUAGCUUCCAACACGUUGCCGUGGCGCUGAGGAACCAGAAGGUGAAGAUCUUGAACGGGGUCGGACAGACCACCCAGGUUGCCGGGAACGUUUCCAUCCCAUCACUUGGUGAAUUCACCGUCUGCUUCGAGGUGGAGCGCGUCGGCUACAGUCAGAAAGAGUGGCUCUUCACCUACUACGACAGCAGCUACAACGCGGCGCUGAGUUUGGGCUCCAGUCAGUCGGACAUGAAGAUGGUUGUUGGAGGCGUGGUCUGCUCUGUUGACUCCAUUAUCUCUGCUGCGGACUUCACGUCCUCCAUGAGGUCCUUCUGCGUCCUCUGGAAGUCCUCCAACGGCUCCGUGGCCGUCUACUUCGACCGGAUCUACAGGCAGAGUACAUGCUCACCCUCCAGUAAUCAGACUGUGCCGGCUGGAGGAAUCUUCCAGUUAGGAGGGCAGCAGAGCUUCAUGGGGAACAUGUACAACCUGCGGCUGUGGGACCGGGCCAUGACGCUGCCGGAGCUCGACACGCUGACCUGCGACGUCGUGGGCAACGUCAUCGACUGGGACAGCGGCUACUGGACCAUCCCGUCCUCCCUGGCCCAGACCGACAGUACGCUGAGCUGCAUUUGCUUCCCUUAUUGCUUUCACUUAACCGCUGCUGCACCGUGUGGGGGAAGUAAUCUUAAGUCCGGGGGUGGGGUGGGGGGUGGGGGGUGUUCAGCUGUUUCCUCCCCCAUCACCUCAUCCCCCGACUCCACUAACACCAGCCAUGAUACUAAUGCCAUCACUCACGCUAACGGCCCCGCCCUCAGCAGCCCUGCUCCGCCUUCACCUGCUCACGUGUCUUCAGCCAGCAGCUCACCUCAUGUUAAAUCAUCAUCUUGUCUUCCUUCUCAUCAUCUUUUAACCACCUUCCUUCUUCUAGUUCCUCCAGCUGUUUUUUCUCUACCAACCCUUCCAGGAACGACUCCUCAGCAGCCAUUUUUAACCCUAAACCAACCGACGACUAACAUAGAUGAUACUGCCUCCUCCCGGGAGGGACGCUUCUACGGGCUGUUCCUGGUGGUGGAGUCGGAGCUGAGUCAGCAGGCGGUGGAGCGCGCCGUGGCCCUCUGGCUGAACCAGACCUUCCAGGACUGGACCUGGACUGUGGAUCAUCUCAGGCUGGACCUGGAUGGAAGCUCCAACAGUUACAGCUGCCAGGUUCUGCUGCUGAUCCGCAGCAGGACCGAGGCCGGCGUGUUGGACCGGCUGCUCAGCAGGGUCGGGCUCGUCGGUACCGGACUGCAGGUCCAACCCAACAGCCUUUACGUCCGAUUAGUAGAAAACUGUCCCGAGGAGCAGCUUAUUUAUUUCCUCUGGCCUGAGACCCGACCCAGAGUCACUCAGAACCUGCCCUGCUUCCCCAACAAGGACCACAGCGCCUCCAGGACCUGUUUGAUUAAUCCAGUAAACUAUAACUCCUACUGGUCGAAUGCAAAUGUCACCAACUGCACAGUCACAGCCGAAAAUGCAGUUGGUGUCGCGGAGCAGCUCGCUAACUUCACCAAGAACAUCCUCUCCAAUGAAGAGGUGUCUCAUGUGGUGACAAAGGUGCAAGAGCUGGUGAACGUGGCCAAGAUCGACACAGCGGUUGCUGAGACCGUGGUCCACAUCAUCUCCAACGUCAUGAUCAGCGCCGACAAGCCGUCGGUGCACGCCUCCAACAAAGCUCUGAAGGCUGUAGAGGAACUGGCUCAGAAGGUGGAGUUUGAAGGUCAGUCCAUCAACAUCACCUCCAAAAACUUGGCUUUGGGGAUACUGACCUUCAACGUCUCCACUUUCAACGGUACAUCCUUCAGCGCCUUCCUCCAUCCCAACUCCACCAACCCCAAGGUUGAGUUUGAGCUAACAGCUAACCCGUUAGCUCAGGUGACGCUCCCCGGCUCGCUGCUGUCCGGCGUCUCUCUGAGCGACGUGGACAGGUGGUCUCUGUCCAGGAUCAACUUCGUGUUCUUCAGCAGCACCAGCUUGUUCCAGACCGAGCAGGACAGCUUGUCUCUGAACAGCUACGUGGUGGCGAGCAGCGUCGGGAACAUUUCCAUCAAAGACCUGAAGGAUCCGGUGAAGAUCGAGAUCUCCCACCUGCAGGGAAAGGUCCCGUCCAAGAGGAAGUGCGUGUUCUGGGACUUCACCAUGAACGAGGGCGACGGAGGCUGGAACGAGCACGGCUGCAGCGUGUCCAAAGAGUCCAGCAGCAACAAGACGGUCUGUCUCUGUGACCACCUCACGCACUUUGGCGUCCUCAUGGACGUUUCUCAGACGUCGUCUCGGAUCGAUCCGAAGAACAACCAGGUCCUGACCUUCCUCUCCUACAUCGGCUGCGGCGUGUCGGCCAUCUGCUGCGCCGCCACGCUGCUCACCUACAUCGCCUUCGAGAACCUGCGGCGCGACUACCCGUCGAAGAUCCUGAUGAACCUGAGCGCGUCGCUGCUCUUCCUCAACAUGGUGUUCCUGCUGGACGGCUGGUUGGCCAACCUGAACCGGAGCGAGGGGCUGUGCGUGUCGGCGGCCGUCCUCCUGCACUACUUCCUGCUCACCUCCUUCACCUGGAUGGGCCUGGAGUCCGUGCACAUGUACAUCGCUCUGGUGAAAGUCUUCAACACCUACAUACGCAGAUACAUCCUCAAGUUCUGCGCCGUGGGCUGGGGUCUUCCUGCGGUUCUGGUCGGGAUCAUCGUCGCUGUGAACAAAAACUUUUACGGCGUUCUGGAGAGCAGCGAAGACGAGUCCACCAGGAUGUGUUGGAUCAAGGACCGGAGCGUCUUCUACUCCACCUGCGUCGGUUACUUCUGCCUGGUGUUCCUGCUCAACGUGGCCAUGUUCAUCGUGGUUAUGAUGCAGAUCUGCGGCCGCAACGGCAAACGCAGCAACCGCACGCUGCGGGAGGAGGUGCUCAGGAACCUGCGGAGCGUGGUCAGCCUCACCUUCCUGCUCGGCAUGACGUGGGGCUUCGCUCUGUUCGCCUGGGGGCCCGUGUACCUCACGUUCACCUACCUGUUCACCAUCUUCAACUCCCUGCAAGGUCUCUUCAUAUUUGUCUUCCACUGCGCGCUGAAGGAAAACGUCCAGAAGCAGUGGAGGCGGAGCCUCUGCUGCGGCCCCUACAGGCUCUCGGAUAACUCAGACUGGAGCAAAACGGCCACCAACACCAAGAAGGUGAGCUCAGAACACCUGAACAAGUCCCUGUCCUCCAGCAAGUCCCUGUCCUCCAGCUCCUUCAGCUCCAGCAGCAACUGGACCGCCAAGGCUAAAGCUACGCUAACACCUUUCUCCAAACGCCUCCGGAACACAGAUAAAAGUUUCACCGACCAGAACAACCCAGCCUGCUCCUCCUCCUCCGACACGGAGCCUCCCCCCUCCUCCUCCUCCUCCUCCUCCUCCUCCAUCCUCCCCGUCAGCCAGAUGAUCAACAAGGUCAAAGGUUACUGCUCCACGCGCACCGACAACUUCUACAAGAACAUCAUCAUGUCGGACAGCUUCUCCAACUGCACCAGGCUCUGA